AUGCCGCGACCUGCUAAGCUUCGCGAGGCCAAGAUUGACAAGUCGGCGAAUCGCUACCACAUCCCUCUGCCCACUGGACCGCUGCGAUUCGUCGGCGUGCGCGACUUUCUGGUGGGCUACACUCGCAAGGGAGGCGUCCUGGUGCGGCUCUUCUACCCCGCCAAGGUGGACGAGAGCAAGGCGGGCAAUCCGCUGCUGUGGCCCAACUGGCUGCCGCAUGAGAACUACAAGACGGGCUACGCGGACGCGGCCGGCAUCACCACCGCCUGCAUGAUGCGCUUCAUUGAGCGCAUCAACGCCAAGAAGAACGUCUUUGUGCCGGUGACGCCGCACGCCAGGCCGAUGCCACUCGGGCAGAGGGUGCGCGUCGAGAAGAGUGACCAGGGGAACUCCGCUGGAGGGGAACCGGCAGAGUACGUCACGAAGAAGUACCCCGUGGUGGUCUUUUCACAUGGCCUCGGCGCCUGCCGAACCACCUACUCGACGCUGGCCGUUGAGCUGGCCAGUCGAGGCUUUGUGGUGGCAGUGGUUGAACACCGCGAAAACUCUGCGUGCCUUGCCUUCUUUGCCCGCCGGGCUGCCUACUCUCUGCGUGAUUCAAAUCCCAACUUUUUCCCCGACUACCCGGACCACUGUGAUAACGCCAAGGGCGACGACAUAAAAAAGGUGGGCACUGAAGACAGCAGUGGCGUCGAUCAGGUGGACGCCGACGACGAGGUGGACUUUGGCGUAGACGAGAUUGACGACCCCAACUACGUGCCCCCGAAGGCACUCUCUCCCAUCAGCGGUUUCAUGCACCUGGAGAUGGCCUGGGUCCGCCACCGCUUUGUGCCCACCACCAAUCACAAGCCCGAGGUGUACCGCUUUCGCAACCGCCAAAUUCAGCACCGCGUGCGAGAGUGCUCGCGAGCCCUGGACCUGCUGGAGGCGCUCAAUGCCGGCUUUGAGCUGCAGAACCUCCUAGACCCGGGCUUUCAGCAGGACCAAUUCGAGGGCCUGCUCGACCUGGACUCUGCCGUUAUCAUGGGCCACUCGAUGGGCGGCGCCACGGCGCUGAUGACCGCCGCCGCCGAGCUGCGCUUCAAGGUGGCCGUCGCCCUGGACCCCUGGGCAUUCCCCAUCAAGGACGAGGCGCUCGAUCUCAUUCCGCAGCCAGUGCUGAUGAUCAACACGGAGGACAUGACGGGUGACGAGGCGAACACCGCCAAGCUGCAGGAGAUGAUGGCCGUCAUUGAGGGCGACGAUGAGGACCGCAGACAGGCGCUUACCAUCAACGGCGCCCGCCACUUUCAGCAGUGCGACAUUCCCUUUGUCAUGGGAAAGCUGGCGCUCUUUCUCAGUGGAAACUCCAUGGGACGGACUGGCAUUAGUACCUACAGUGUUCAUGAUAUAACUGCCGCCAUGUCGAUUCAGUUUAUUAACAAGUAUUUAG